AGGCUGGAGAUGGUGGUUUUCUUCAAAUAUAUAGACCUUCUUCCCAACCGCAGCUCACAUAAUCCUCAACUACAUUAGCCAUGACAAUUUAUUUCACAACUCUUUUCUUCAUCAUUUUCCCCAUCAUUCUCUUCAUAUUUAUCCGGAGAAAAAGCGCAAGAUCAUCACGGCUUCCUCCAGGCUCACUUGGCAUCCCCUUCAUCGGCCAAAGCCUCACUCUUCUCAGCAAAAUGAGGUCCAACACAGCCGACAAAUGGGUUCAAGAAAGAGUCCAAAAAUACGGUCCAGUCUCGAAACUAAGCCUGUUUGGCUCCCCCACUGUUUUUUUGCAUGGACCGGCUGCCAACAAGUUUAUUUUUAGUACUAGUACUAGCAUCAUCAGUAACCAGCAGACAGCAUCAAUAAAGAUGAUUUUGGGCGAGUGCAAUCUUUUUGAGCUCAGUAGCGAAGAUCAUAAGCGUGUCAGGUCCGCGCUUGUGCCCUUCUUGAAGCCGGAAUCUUUGAAGAGAUAUACUGGAAAGAUGGAUACUGAGUUUAGGAAUCACCUUAAGAUGUACUGGGAAGGCAAGGACCAGGUCACGGUAUUGCCAUUGAUGAAGACGCUCACAUUCAACAUUAUUUGCUCUUUACUCUUUGGACUUGAGUCAGGACCGAAAAAAGAAAAACUGAUCAGGCUUUUUCAAGAAAUGAUUGAGGGAAUGUGGUCGAUCCCCAUUAAUCUACCAUUUACAAAUUACAACAGGAGCCUAAGGGCGAGUGCAGAGGUCAAGCAAUUGGUGAAAGAACUUGUAUGUGAAAAGAGAAUUGAUCUUAAUUUGAAGGGUGCUUCAUCCAACCAAGACCUUAUCACUAGCCUGCUCAGUGUUCGCGAUGAAAACAACAAAGAAAUUAUCUCAGAAAAUGAGAUUGUUCACAAUGUCAUGCUUAUCAUGGUCGCGGGACAUGACACUUCCUCUGUCGUGAUCACUUUUCUGAUGCGACUUCUGGCCAAUAACACUGAGGUGUAUAAAUCUGUUCUUCAAGAACAAGAAAAUAUUGCAAAGGACAAGUCGUCGGGGGAGCUUCUGACCUGGGAUGACCUUGUUAAGAUGAAGUACACAUGGAGAGUAACUCAGGAACUACUAAGAGUAAUUCCUCCUGUAUUUGGAGGCUUUAGGAAGGCACUAAAGGACAUCGAAUAUGGUGGUUAUCUCAUUCCAAAAGGAUGGCAGAUAUUCUGGGCAACAAACAUGACUCACAUGGACAGUACUAUAUUUGAGGAGCCAUCAAAGUUUGAGCCUGCAAGAUUUGAGAACCAAGCUUCUAUUCCUCCAUACUGCUAUAUUCCAUUUGGAGGAGGAGCUCGUGUAUGCCCGGGUUAUGAGUUUGCAAGGAUUGAAAUCCUGGUGGCAAUACAUUAUUUGGUCACCAGAUUUACAUGGGAAUUGUGCUGCAGCGACGACUCCUUCAAAAGAGAUCCAAUGCCAGUGCCUACUCAGGGUCUUCCUGUCAAGCUAAUACCAAAGAAAGUAUAGUAAUUUAUAUCUUGUGUGCAUGAUUAAACUGCUUAUACUGUAGGAUCAGAGUCUUCAAAGUUCAACUUUUGAUCAUACAAACUUGGGGUUCUUUCAAUGUAAACCUGUUCUGCUUA